AAAAAUAUAAGUGUGGGCUUAUAGUGAUUGAAUGCAAUCGACACCUUAUUAUAAGAGAGCUUGUAGUUUUUUGUAUUUAGAUGGCUUUGUAGUUCCAAGAGCUCUUUGUAGCACAAGUUAUAGGAAAAAUAUGGGUUUCAAGUACUCAUGGUCCUCUUGGAGGUUUCUUGCACUUGUUUUUGCAGUUGAAUUUGCUUUUCAUGGCUUCAGCUAUGGAGAAGAAGCUCCUAAAUUUGGCUUUAUCCAAGACGCAACCUUUGCUCCAGCAGUCUCGUACUACGACUACAUAAUCAUUGGUGGUGGAACCGCUGGUUGUCCAUUGGCUGCAACCCUGUCUCAAAAUGCGAAUGUUCUAGUCUUGGAAAGAGGGGGGUCUCAGUAUGUAAACAUAACCAAGAUAAGGAUAGAGAACUUUUUGUCUACUCUUACAGACAACUCUCCCGAUUCAUUCUCUGAAGCAUUCAUCUCCAAGGAUGGAGUCCCUAACAACCGAGCACGUGUGCUUGGCGGAGGAACAGUGAUUAACGGAGGGUUUUACUCUCGUGCGGAAACAUGCUUCUUAAAGCAAAAUGGGAUGGAUGAAGCAUUAGCAAAUGAUUCUUACGAGUGGGUUGAAAAGAAGUUGGUACACAAGCCAGUUGUGUUGCAGUGGCAAUCUGCAGUGAGAGAUGGGUUGCUUGAAGCUGGGGUUUUGCCAUAUAAUGGAUUUACGUAUGAUCACAUUAAUGGGACAAAAACUGGCGGAAGUAUUUUGGAUGGAAAUGGAAAUAGACAUACUGCAGCUGAUUUGCUUGAGUAUGCUGAUCCGAAGAGGAUUAAGGUUUACUUGCAUGCUGUUGUGCAUAAGAUCAUGUUUACAACAAAAGUUGGAUCGAGACCCAAAGCUCAAGGGGUGAUCUUCCACGAUGCAAAAGGAGUAAGGCACACGGCUUUCUUGCAAAAUGGGUCCAGGAGUGAGAUAAUUUCAUCCGCAGGUGCAAUUGGAAGUCCACAGUUGUUAAUGUUGAGUGGGAUUGGGCCCGCCCCUCAGUUGGAGGCACUUGGCAUUAAGGUGGUGCUGAACCAGACCCUUGUGGGUCAAGGGAUGGCAGACAAUCCAUUAAACGGUCUCAUAAUUCCUUCUCCUGUGCCCGUUGAGCUCUCAUUCCCUGAAAUUGUGGGUAUCACCGAAUUGAGUAAUUAUAUAGAAUCCACCAGUGGGUUUGAUUUUUCUGCCCUUUCUGUUGCUCAAAGUCCUGCCAACUUCAAUCAGGUUGAAAAAAGCCCUAUGGCAUCCCAAGAAGCAAUGGAUAAUUCACCAACAAAUCUUGGGUUUAUUAUGGAGAAGUUUAAUGGUCCAAUCUCAGAGGGUUAUCUUGAGCUUCAAAGCACAAAUGUGAGUGACAACCCUAAAGUCAGGUUUAACUACUUCCAAGCACCAGAGGACUUAAGGAAGUGUGUCCAAGGCGUGAAAACCAUCAUCAACGUUGUGAAUUCCAAAUCAUACUCGAGAUUCCGUUACAGCAACACAACAACACAAGAUCUUCUAAACAUGAUGGCGAGCAUGCCGGUGAACCUGAGACCAAGACAUCCUAAUUCUACAGUUUCCCUGGAGCAAUACUGCAUAGACACUGUCAUGACCUUUUGGCAUUAUCAUGGAGGUUGCCAAGUUGGAAAGGUUGUUGAUCGAGAUUACAAGGUCUUUGGUGUGGAUAGGCUUAGGGUUAUAGAUGGUUCAACCUUUAAUUUUUCCCCUGGAACUAAUCCUCAAGCUACACUUAUGAUGCUCGGAAGGUAA